UACCACCAUCCCAAAAAACAAAUUAAGAUACUGCCAAAAAUGCAGAUAUUUAAGAGUUGAGAGAGAGCAAUAUCAAAUAAGCGAGAAAAGAGAUGAUACCAAGUAGAUCGGGCGUCUUAGCAAUUAGCACCCUAGAUCGAGCUCACAUGGAACCAGAAUCGAAAGCUCCACAUGUUCUCAUCUUUCCACUUCCAGCACAAGGACAUGUAAACUCCAUGCUCAAUCUAGCUCAGCUUCUUUCACUUGCUGGCCUCAACAUCACCUUUCUCAACACCGAUCACAACCACAAUCGCCUUGUCCUUCACACCAAUAUUCUACACCGUUUUGCAUGCUUUCCUGGAUUCCAAUUCAAGACCAUCCCAGAUGGCCUUCCAGUUGAUUACCCACGAGCUGGUGACCAUUUCAUGGAAGUGUUUGAUUCCAUUAAAUUGGUAACUGAGCCAUUAUUUAAAGAAAUGAUGUCUUCUGGUCAGUUAAAUUCAGCUACUGGACAGUCGGUGACUUGUAUCAUAGCAGAUGGUAGCUUGAGCUUUCCUAUUGAUGUUGGCAAUGAGCUUGGUAUUCCGGUCAUUCAUUUCCGUACAAUCAGUGCUUGCUCCUUCUGGGCUUAUUUUUGUAUUCAAGAUAUGAUAGAAGCUGGCGAACUUCCCAUCAGAGAAACGUUUAUGUCAAAUUUGUUACUAAUGAGAAGUAUGGUAAUCACUCUAGAAAAUGAAGACAUGGAUUGCUUAAUAAGAAGUGUGCCAGGCAUGGAAAAUUUUCUUCGAAUCCGAGACUUACCUAGUUUUUGCCGAGCAAGCAACCUAACAGACUCGAAUCUCCAAUACGUUAAAAAUAUGACUAGGCAAUCCCCUCGAGCCCAUGCGCUUAUACUCAACACAUUUGAAGAUUUAGAAGGACCUAUACUCUCUUACAUACGCACAAAAUGUCCCAAAACUUACACUAUUGGACCCCUCCAUGCAAUUCUUAAAUCUAAACUUGAAUCCAAAACGACAUUGUUGCCAUAUCGGUCUCCAAAUAGCCUCUUCGAAGUGGACAAAAGUUGCAUGGUGUGGCUCGAUGCUCAACCUUUGAAAUCUGUAAUCUAUGUAAGCUUUGGAAGCAUUACAGUCAUGGCAAAGGAAGAACUCAUGGAGUUUUGGUAUGGUUUGGUUAAUAGCAAGAAACGCUUUUUAUGGGCUAUAAGGCCUGACUUGGUGACCCAAAAAGAUGGCGAAGGUCAAAUUCCACAUGAACUUGUUGAAGGGACAAAGGAUCGAGGGUAUAUGGUGGGUUGGGUUCCACAAGAGGAGGUUUUGGCCCACAAGGCCGUAGGUGGGUUUUUGACUCAUAGUGGAUGGAACUCUACCUUAGAGAGCAUAGUGGCUGGGGUGCCCAUGAUUUGUUGGCCUUACUUUGCUGAUCAACAAGUAAAUAGUAGGUUUGUGAGUGAGGUCUGGAAGUUGGGAAUGGACAUGAAGGAUGUGUGUGAUAGAGUUAUAGUAGAAAAAAUGGUGAAUUAUCUAAUGGAGGAGAGGACAGAUAUUUUCAUGAAAUCAACUGCUGAGAAGGCUAGGUUGGCCAAAGAAAGUGUGACUAAUGGUGGGCUUUCUUACUGUAAUUUGGACCAUUUGAUUAAGGAUAUAUGGUUAAUGAGCAUGACUACAACCAAAUAGUAUGUACUAUCAUUUCUCGAGUUGUUAUUGUUUAGAAUUCUAGUACCAGGUGGUUUUCCCUUGUAAUUGCAAAUUAAGAAAGAUGAUACUAUUCAAAUUUUUAUGGUAAUAAAUGUGGUGACAAUGUUUUUUCUUUUUCAUAA